AGCGGUGGUAGGGACGGGCAGAUAGGAUGAUAGACUUUGACAAGUGCAUCAGUAUCUGCCUGUUCAGUAACUUCAGUUGCCUGCAAGAUGCACGCGCGCGAUCGCCACUGCAGCCUGCUGCCAGGAGAUGCCUGGAACUCAUGUCCUCCCGCUCUCUCUGGUCAAUUCUUCUCCCAUUGCUUCCAUAGUGGGCCGGCCCUGAUGCCAGAGUCAGGUCGGGUGGCUUCCAGGAUGUCUACGGACAAUCACCCAAAUCACGACCCCGAUAUCGAUUGGCACAUACCAAGUACAGGGCUACACUGCGGUAUCCUUCUUGGUAACAACUGCAUAAACGGUCCCACAUUGAGUACAGCUACUAGCGCAAGUGGAGCGGCUUUACAAACGCCCGGCAAUUCAGACGGACAACCCCCUGAUACUUCUCCGGACCCCAGCAACACCCUUGCCUCUGCUACUCCCACAUCCUCUGUGGUUGCUGCUACCUCCUCCCUACAACCCACUUCCUCUCCAAUUACUUCUUUCUAUAAAACACCGACUGCUGGCGACUCAACGUCAAGCACCAAAGAGACAUCGGUUUCUUCCAAUGAUUCGCUGGGCAUAUCAAGCGCCAUUCUCUAUACUGAGUCGACAUCGCAGACUGCUCCUGAUGACCGUGUGUCGGCGUCGCACACCCUCUCGACUGACGUCACACAAGCAAUACCGUCAUUACUAGGAGGCUUUACUACACCUCCAGUAAGCCAGGUCGGGCCGCCUAGUAUUUCUCCGGCGUCUGGGGCCGUCGCAUCAUCGAACAAGCACUCAAACCACACCGGCGCGAUCGUCGGCGGGGUCAUCGGUGGCCUCGCGUUCCUCUUGCUCGUCGCCCUGGCCACUAUCCUCAUCUAUCGACGCAUGCGCGCCCGCCGCACCGCGCCCUCUGCGGAAUUCACGGAGAUCAUGCGCGGGACAACACCCGGGCCUAUGCCUGCGCCGGGCACGAUGCGCACAGAGGGCACGACGACGCCCUCCGGCGACCGCCUGCUGGGACUUGGGGACGACGACGACGAGCGUCCCCCCGCGUUCGUCCUGGGCGAGUACGGGGAUCCGGUGCUUGAGAAAGUGUAG